UAAACAUGCAUUUCAGAGAUAAAUAAAUAAUUCUUUAAAACAAAUGAUGUCUAAAGAAAUGUUUAAUUCUGUAUUUCGAAAGUCGGGUAUUAAGAAAAAAAUAAAAUCUAGGAAUAUGUCUACUAGACAACAUAAAAGAAAAGAUCUGGCAAUAAGGAAGGCAAUGAUAUUUAAGGAACAAUUUCAGUAUAAGGUUAAUAAAGCUAAAUGGAAAUAUAUUUCUAAAAAAGAAAGAAAGAAUAUAUGGGAUAAAAUUAAUGAAAAUGCAAUAAAGUAGCAUUUGGAUAUAUUUCGAAUAUACUUACUUAGAAUAUUUUAUCUUC